CUCGCCUGUCGCACAAAAUUUCUCUCCAGCCUGCGGAUCACAUCUCGUUCUCCUUUCCUACAUUCGUCGCCUGCAUCCGCCUAACUGAUCCCCCCUCCCCCCACUCCCCCGCUUCUGCUUCUCCGUACUCGCUCACAUCUCGUCAUACCUAUCGCUCACCCUUCAGGCCUUUCUAAACGCUCAGAAACGGCCCGCUGUUCAUUGAACCCAUACCGAUCAAACCCCCGUUUAUGCAAUCAGGAUCAUCAACAGAUAACCUCGUGCCUCUUCCGAACCUCUCUCUAGCGUCUCCAACCAACAACUCGCAAUAUGGCUCAGGUUCAGCUGUCUUUGGUGGUUCCCACCCUCCCGACGGCAGCGAUGUCGGCGGUAGCGGGGGAGGAGGCCGAGGCGGAGGCGCGUUAGAUUCUGCGCAGAACGGAGAGCACACUCCCCGCUCGGACAAGGCCAACCGGAUUGCGCGAUACGAUGUAGCGAAUGCAGUACAGUUCACCGUUACCAGGACCGACUGGACUGGGAAGUCGUCGAGUCCGAUCUCUCGAUUUCCCAAUGAGGUUCUGAUCCACGUCCUGUCGUUCCUCGAGCCUUCGGCGCUUCUGGCUGCGUCUCUGAUAUCGAAACGAUUCUACGCCAUGGUCAACUCGCCGGAUGCGUGGCGCUCGGCGUUUGUUCGCUUCUUUCCGCUUCCGAGUGCACAGUUGGACGACCGUGUUUCACCUUCACAACUCGCUUCUCAAGAUAGGCGGUACUUCACGCGGCUAUCGGCGACCGAUUCUGGCGGCAACUUCUGGAGGAAAGAGUAUAUGCAAAGGACCCGGCUGCUUCGGAGUCUGAGCAGAGGAAAGUCGCAGGGUUAUGGCGUCUCGAACAAGCAGAACGGUGGGAACUUGGUGGUUACAUAUCGCUCUUCGACAGGACCAUUGAGCGUCAGCCAUAUGGCGGCAAACUUCUCUGAAGCUGGGGUCCGGGCGGUGCAUGCUUGUCUCGAAACUCGGUUUGUGACAGACAGCGACCCUACAAGAGGAAUGGUGUUGCACAGUGCAGCAAUCCCUCUUGCGCCCCGGCACAUCCAGCAGUACCAUCCUGAUUACGAGGUCGCCGUCGACAUGAACGUCAAUCAUGUCAUGGAUCUCUCGGAAUCGCUAGGAUGGAUCAUGGGCGAAAAUGUCCCGGACGGCAAAUGCUAUCUUCAGCCAUUCGAUAACCUUAACAUGCGCGACCGGAAUCCCAUCGAUCCUCAGAACGCGGAUUAUAUUCAAGCUGGAAACUACGGACACAACCCAUCAGUUACUUGCGUCUGGAUCGCGAAGAAGCGCAGUGGCGGUGUCCGUGACAGUACCAGGGCUUCCGCUAUGGUCGGCAAUUCUAGAGGAUACCUCCGUAUAUUUUCGAUCGAACCCAAUAAAAGCAAAUUUGCUAGAGGCGAGACCAGAGGAAGCGAACAUAUCCGGGAGCAAAUUGGAGUGUACUGCAUAUCUCCGGGAAUACCAAUCGUACAAAUCAAAGUGGACGAGGACUUCUCUCCCGGGACGGCCAAGUACGUGAGGAGGCCUUGGGUUGCCGUGAUCAACGCAUUGGGGGAAAUCUACUACCUUCGCGGCAAGCCUGGGAAUUCUUCAAUCGACGACUGGAAGAUCAUCCCACAGACGACCCGAAUCGCAACACCUAUGCAUGAUGACAUCUUUUUCGGGCUCGGUGAAGGACUGCUCGACAAGCCCGAAGAGAUGGAACAAUUGCUGCUGAACAUGGAGUAUUCUCGCAUCAAAUGUCUGUGGGAAGGAUGCCGGAUGGACUGGUUCAUGGAAAUGGAUUGGGCCGGCGGUAACGUCAUCACCGGGAGGACUGGAAGCCAGAGCAACUUGGAUGGAGCUUUGACCCACAAGGCAGACAUACCUUUAACGAGUUACCACCUGCGACAAGCGUGGGCGACCAAGCCGGAGAGUUUCGUCCGCGAUAUUCGAAGUGGGAAUCCGGAGAAGCAAUCUCCCUUUGGAGGUUGCCUAAACGGAUCCGGCAGCGUUUCGCCAUCGACCGAGUUAUCGGAAGAUGGAAUUGAAACCCCCGACCAAAAGGACGACUGGAUUGCUACCGAAAUGCGCAUUCCGGGUGGACUGUUUACUCGAAUCACGGCAUACAGUAUCGACAAUUCCCCUAUCUCCAGGCUCGCCCCCACCGAAGAUAGUAUGCAGCAGCAGAGAUUGCCAGGAGGAAGUGCCCGACUCUUUGCUGUCGGAACCAACAAUGGGUCAAUUUUUGUCUUCAACAUAAGGCCCGCAGCAAACGGGCGUCCCAUCCGGAUCAUCCACACAGACAGUCCGCAGAUCACCACGCUCGCUGUCUCCUCACUGCUCGUAGUCCACGGCGGAGACGACGGCUUAGUACAAGCCUGGGAUCCACUCGGAUCGACGAGUGCCCCCGUGCGAACGCUUCACUCCAGGUUCUCGGCCAGGGCACGGCGCAGGUUGGAGCAAAACGUCGGCGUCAUAAUCCAAGACAACCAGUUCGCUGCUCGAUGUCUGGUGCUCGAUCCGGACCCGACAGCCCUCCGUGGUGUUGUGGCGCUCGGUACGCUCAUCCGCUACUGGAGCCUCUCGACCAAGGAUUUCAACCCGGGCAAGAAGGGAAAGAAGGUUGGUGGAGUGGGCAGACGCGGUGGAACGCCCAAUUGGAACAACGGAAAGGCCGGGGUUCGAGACGUAAUCGUUGGCGAUUCAUUGGCGUUGCAGAAGGAAAGAGAACUGGAAUGGCGGGCGGCGGAAGAACUCGAGAAGCGCUACGGCAUCGGUAUCGGCCACGCCGCGCUCAGCGAGGAGGAGAUGCUCGCAUACGCCAGCAUGGUCUCGCAGGAAACCUUCGAGCGGGAAUCCUCCAACCGCAGCGACGUCGGCAGCAGCCUCAGCGGGCGCAGCUCCCAGACCAUUACGCCCGAGGGCUCCCUGAGAAGCUUCAGCCACGAGGAAGGAGACGAUGAUUUCCAGCGCGCUUUACGACUCAGCCUCCAGGACGUUGAGGUCAGCAAGAUGGAAGACCCGGGACCCGCGGAAGAAGAACUGUGGGAGGACCCUUCGCUGUUUACGGAGUCGACCGCUACUGCGGGACCGAGCAACUCCUACCCCGCACGCCUCCCGCCCUCGUUGGCUGCUAGUCCGAUGCCCCGUGGAUCACCGAAGAAGGGCGGCCGCGUCAAGGUGCCCAUCAGUGAACUUGCCCAGUGGUCUGCCCCCAUUGCCGCCCACACAGGCGACGAGUUUGAGGAUGAUCUGGAGCUCGCUAUCAGGUUGAGUUUGCAGGAGUAUGAGCAGGCGCAGGCGCAUGGGAAGGGGAAGGGGAGGGCUUGAGCGGGU